AUGAUGUAUGCGGGAGGGGUAAGGGGAGAAUCCCUUUUCCCUUAUUAUUUCUCUCUACAAAUUGUACGUCGACGUUUGUCACGUUUAAAUAAAGCCACAAGACCCGGCAAAUUUGUCGGCUACUGUCAAAGACAUUGGUCACAGUUGGCUCAACACACUGUUAACAAACGAACCGGUUCAUACACCACAGAUGUUUCCCUCCACGGCAACACUGGUAACAAACGCCUCCAUGUACGGAUGGGGAGCGUUAUUAUUCAACAAUUCAGGAGAAGUUUUGGCAGCCGGUGGUGCGUGGGAGCAUAG